AUGACUGUUCGUGUUGUAUCAUAUAAUAUUUUAGUACCUAUAUUUGCUGAAGAAACAGAUUAUUAUACGAAAUGUCAACCUCAAUAUCUCAAAACUGAUUAUCGAUGGAAUUUAAUUCAAUCACAAUUAGAACAAGAGAUUAUUAAUCAUGAAAAUACGAUUAUUUGCUUACAAGAACUUUCUCUUCCAUUAUUAUCAAAAUUCGAAUUAUUUUUUCGCCGAUUGAAUUAUACAUUUUCUCAUCAUCUUUAUGGUCAACAAUAUAAUGACUAUAUGGGUGUAGGUAUUGCUGUUCCUAUGUCGAUACAUAUCAACAAAAUUUCGAUGAUUAAAGUUGGAGAUCAUAUUAAAAAAAUGUGUAAAUCUCGUGAACAACCAUCCAACAUAUUUUCAUGGAUAUGGAACUGGUAUGAAUGGAUCAAGGGCAAAAACAAACUAUAUAUAUCUGAUCCAUGGGAGAUUGCCAUGCUCAGAUCCAAUGUACUCAUUUGUUUACAAGCUAUUAUCAAUGGUAAAUCAUUAUUCAUUGGAACAUAUCACAUGCCUUGUCUUUAUAAAGAACCUGAUGUUAUGGCAAUUCAUGCUUCAGUUGUCAAAGAUUUAAUGUAUGAACAGGCAGCAGGACAAGAUUUUAUUCUAGCCGGUGAUUUUAAUAUUAAACCACAAGAUGUUUGUUAUCAAGUUUUAACCGAAAAAAAUUAUAAUGGUUACAAUUUUCCAAAAUCUAACGUGUAUGAAAUUUCUUAUCAACCUAAUUUUGAACAAGUAUUAAAGAGUGCCUAUUGUGAAAAGAAUGGAACCGAACCUAUUUAUACAAAUUUUGCUGAUACACCGAAAUCAUCAAAAUUUUGCGAAACACUUGAUUAUAUUUUCUUUACUGGUCAUCUUACUGUUGAAAAUGUUUUAGAACUACCAGAUCUUCCUGAUAGCGAAUCGUACCCAGAUGAAACACAUCCUUCAGAUCAUUUGAUGAUUGCAGCAACAUUUCAAUUAUCGUAA